GCCUCGUAGCCGGUCGGGUGUACAGUUAUCCCGUUCAAGUGGAUCUUCUCGAAUUUUGUUCCUUAAGAGUAAAACUACUUUAGUGCAGUUUAGAUCGUUACUGGUUAGAAACACCAUGGGGAUCAAAUCAAACUUGUGCCUCUGGAUACUAGCCCUCACUAACGGUGUAUUUGGUGUUGGGACAGCAGAAAUGGAGGGAUCGUCUUUAACCCUACCCACUGAUGUGCAGGAAUAUAAUAAAAUCUUUUGGAUAUUUGAACCUCAGAACUGGAUUAUAGCCAGUUGCAGAGUAAAUGGGACCCCACCGUGCGAGAUUACACUGGGGACAGAAGAACAGAUCAACACAUUUAGAGACAGACUGAAGAUAGUCAGUAAUGGGUCUCUCACCAUCAUGAACAUCAGCGAUGAACAAGCUGGACUCUACACACUACAGAACUUCAACAAAUGGAAUACAUUGCAUGAGAAGGAAUUCAAUGUUAGCGUCUCUCCUCCCAAGACUGUCAACGAAAACAGCUAUGUGGGGAACAAUUCAAUCACCAACCAGACUAAACAAGACUUUCAGCCAUACUCAGAUUCAGGUCUGAACCCAUGGCUGAAAGAUGUGUUGGUGGGUGUUGCAGCAGUAGUAGCAGUAGCAGUAGCAGUAGCAGUAGCAGCUGUGUUUCUUUACAAGAAAUUUUACAAAAAGUGUAAAGCAGGACGAAAUGGCAAGUAUUACCUACACUCGAUACAGAUUGUGUAAAAGUAGUCUUUAAACUUUUUUUUUCUUAUUCUUUAUUUUUAUUAAUACCCAGAUUUUUUUAACUGAAACCGUCUCUCAUUUUUAUGUCUCUCAUAUCACACCGUUU